GAGGUUUAUAGCUUCAAAGAGGAAGAAUUUGUCCCUCUUCUUCAGCAUUGCUUUGUUGACCUCCUGGGGGACUGCACUGCUGGGUGUCCGCUUAUACUGGAUGGGCAACAAACCACCGAGCUUUUCCAACUCUGACAAUCCAGCGGCUGACUCGGACAGUUUUCUCACGCGUACUCUGACCUUCUUUUACCUGCCGACCAAGAACCUUUGGCUAUUGCUCUGCCCGGACACCCUCAGCUUUGACUGGUCUAUGGAUGCUGUGCCUCUUCUUAAAGCAGUCAGCGACUGGAGGAACCUACACACUGUGGCCUUCUACGCUGGACUCCUCCUCCUUGCCUACUCUAGCUUGAAGCGCUCCAGCAAUGAGAGAGAGUGCAAUGGGAAAACAGUGAUGAACGGCAAGCAGAAUGCUAAUGGGCAUAGCUGCCACUCGGAGAUGGAGUUUAAGACGUUGGAGGUGAAGUCCAGCUUUGCGUCAAAAGAAGAGAAUGGCAUAAAAAAGCAUGGAGUGCAGAAACUGCCGCUGCCUUCCACUGAGAACAUUGUCGUUCUGUCUCUGUCUUUGUUAAUAGUGCCCUUUGUUCCUGCCACCAACCUAUUUUUCUAUGUUGGCUUUGUAAUAGCAGAGCGUGUGCUGUAUGUUCCUAGUAUGGGCUUCUGCCUGCUGGUUACAGUAGGUGUCAGGGCCCUUUAUGUCAAAGCCCAAAAGCGCUUUCUGAAGAACUUGGUUUUUUGUUCCACUGCCGCAUUAAUUGUUUUCUAUGGACUCAAGACUGUUGUCAGGAAUGGGGACUGGCAGAACGAGGAGAUGCUGUAUAGGUCAGGGAUAAAAGUAAACCCGGCUAAAGCGUGGGGUAACCUUGGAAAUGUUCUCAAGAGCCAGAGCAAGAUUUCCGAAGCUGAAAGCGCCUACAGAAACGCCUUGUACUACCGCAGCAACAUGGCCGAUAUGCUUUAUAACUUAGGAUUGCUACUUCAGGAAAACAGCAGAUUUUCAGAAGCAUUACAUUACUAUAAACUGGCAAUUGGUAGCAGACCUACAUUAGCUUCGGCCUAUUUAAAUACUGGUAUCAUCUUGAUGAACCAAGGGAAGACAGAAGAAGCCAGGAAGACAUUCCUGAAGUGUUCAGAGAUCCCUGAUGAAAAUUUGAAAGAUCCUCAUGCUCAUAAAAGCUCUGUUACAAGCUGUCUUUAUAAUUUAGGAAAACUUUUUCAUGAACAGGGACACUAUGAGGAUGCCCUUAUGGUUUACAAAGAAGCAAUACAGAAAAUGCCAAGGCAGUUUGCCCCACAAAGCUUGUACAACAUGAUGGGAGAAGCCUACAUGAGAAUGAGCCGGCUGCCGGAAGCAGAGCACUGGUAUGUGGAGUCACUGAGAUCCAAGAGCGACCACAUCCCAGCGCAUCUCACCUACGGAAAACUUCUGGCUCUAACGGGACGGAAGAACGAGGCAGAGAAGUACUUCAUGAAGGCUAUUCAGCUGGACCCUACCAAAGGAAACUGCUACAUGCAUUAUGGUCAGUUCCUUCUAGAAGAAUCCCGCCUGAUAGAAGCAGCUGAGAUGGCAAAGAAAGCGGCCGAACUAGAUAAUACAGAAUUUGAUGUUGUUUUCAAUGCAGCCCAUAUGCUUAGACAAGCCAGUCUCAAUGAAGAAGCUGAGAAGUAUUAUGAAAUGGCAGCAGGAUUAAGACCUAAUUAUCCUGCUGCCUUAAUGAAUCUUGGAGCCAUUCUCCACCUCAAUGGUAAACUCAAAGAGGCUGAAGAGAACUACCUCCUUGCCCUUCAACUUAAACCUGAUGAUGUCAUCACUCAGUCCAAUCUUCGCAAAUUGUGGAAUAUCAUGGAGAAACAAGGUUUAAAGACAUCCAAAACAUGAUACUGAAUAUGAUACUGAAAACUCUGUGAACUUUUUUUGUGAAACUGAUUCAAGUCCCAAGCUAGAACUUCCACGAAGUUGUCCGAUCACAGCGCUCAUUGGACUUGACUGCAAGGGUCAGAGGUCUUAAUUGCUGCUAAGAGAAGCUACUCUGCUUUUUUGGCAUAGUUUUUUUUUUUUUUUUGCCAGAUUUAAAAAAAAAAAAGGGAAACAUUUUGAGGAAUUCUAUGCUCUAUGCUCUUCUAUAUGGUCACCUAUGCUCUAGGUGACCCUGCUUGAGCAGGGAGGUUGGACUAGAUGAUCUCCAGAGGUCCCUUCCAACCUAAACGAUUCUGUGAUUCUGUAGUUCAUGAUGGACUUAAGUGUUACCCCACAAAAGUAUUUAGAAUUGUAGCACUUAAACGAAGGUGUUUUGGCAUACUUGAUAAACCGUUGCAAAUCCCAUAUUGCUCAUUACCGUGUGGGUACUUGAAAUGUAUACUGUCAUAGAAACACGAAGGGAAAAUUGUACAGUAUACACUAAGCCAUAUGGGAGUAAAAGUGGUAAUAGUAGGUUGAAGUAUUUUGCUGAGACUGUAACUCAUUAAAAUGUAUACUAAAUCCAACGUGUUUGCAGUUUGUCUUAAUGCUGCUGUAUCUCACUUUAGGACCACUUGCUUAUCAAUUUCACAUCAGUUCAUUUGGCCAAUUUUAUUUUUUCAAACCUGUCACUUUUGAUUAGAUGACUAUUGAAAAUUAUUUGUACUGAGUGUGUACAUGUAAUUUCAGCUUGUUAAAAGUUUUGAUGCAGUUUUCUUGUGAUAGACAGUCUAAUGGCUGUGGGUUAGACAGAAUGAGCACGGAGAAGCCCAUACUCUACAUCAGAUAUGUAGAGAGGGUAAAAAAAAAAAAAAGGCUGGAGGUAUCCUUUAAUGUUCUGACUUAUCAAUAGAAACAAGACUGAUAUUUGCCCUGAUAUCAAGUGAGUAUGAUCAGACUGUUAUCUUAAGAAAAAAAAAAAUUGGUAUUAUAGAACAAUGUGUUUGAAUCUUUCACAUCGCUGUCAGAUAAGACUGUGUUUAAACUCAGCCAAGCGAGAUUUAAAAAUAUUAGUGCUUGGAUAUGCUACAGAUGAGACUUCAUCAGCAACUACGAGAAAAGGGAAUGAUAUACAUUGAGGCUAGCAGGUAGCUGAAGGGACUGGAUUUUAUUGGAUCAUGUUCAAAACAGUGUAGAUCAAGGGAAAUGUAUAACAAUCAUCGCCAGUUACUUUUCACAAUGGUAUUCUUUUAAAAAAAUGUUAUCUAUUCAGAUUCUAACCAAAUACUAGAAUUCUCUUUGUAUUCUGACAUGCAUACUAGCAGCAGAGCUGUCAAAUAUCUAAAUACGCUUUUGGUGAGGUUCAAUUUAUUUUUAGUUUGGAAUGAUUUGACCUACUUACUGUUUCAAUCUUCAUUUUUAAUGUAAAAAUAAUUUAUUUUAAAUUGCAGUAUAUUGAAGCUUUAGUCAGAUUUUUCCAGGCCAUUUGCUAACUGCUCUCUUUCUUUGGAAUAAGUAUUAUUGCUUCUAGGAAAUUUACUAUUUCAUUUAAUAACCUGUUUGUAUCUGCUUCAAUGUUCUUUUCAUAAUGGUAGAUAUUUAAUGUUAAAGUGGUAGAGCACCUUGAACUGAAGCUUCUUCAGGAUCUUCUGUUUAAAAUCUCCUUUUUUACUGAAAAAGGUUUUCUUCCCGUUGAGCAUCAUUCCAACAAAACUGUAGAGAAGAAUAAUUUGCUGUAUUUAUUUAUUUAUUACUUGACUGCAGCAACAUUUUCUGUCAUUCACACAAUAGUCUAAGUGUUGCUAUUUCUUUUAUUUGGUUUUCUUUGAAUUUUUUGUGGUUAGUAUGUGUGCUUAAUGGCAAAGGAGACACUUGAGUGUACACUACUUCUUGGUCAUUCUCCCCUUACACUUAGAUUUUAGAUCUGUACCAAAUUACGUUGGGGAGUAGCUAUUGCAAAGUCAGUAGAGUCAUAAAACAUGGUAGUGUGUGUUUCCUUUUCUUUUUUCAUGCUCACUGAAACACCAUCUUGCUAAGUUCACUACUGGCCUGCCAGAAGGGCUAGCGGGGCAAGACUGUUUGGUUUUGUAGAGUGUGCCAAGUUUUUCUGAAGUAAUGAUAAGGCUGGAAAAGCAAAAUUGAAGGGUCAAAAGUUGAAUUGCUACUUCAUCACUGAAACCAGUGGUAAAAUACAAUGGUAGCUUGAACUUAUUCUCCCUCUUUUCUGACUUUCUGGAAAAUUAUAGAAAUAAAUUAGAUAGUACCUGUGACAGAACUCAGUAUAAAUCUGUGGUAUCUUGCUUUAUUUGCUCAACCGUCAUCAAACUUUGAUGGCUUCUUGGUCGUAACCGUUCACUCUGUUAUUUGUCUCCUUCAACUUGUACUCAUUCUUGUUUAGUAAUUUGUAUACAUUGCACAAAAGGGGGAAGGGGGAGCACUCAUUCGUUGCAGUGUCAUGCUUGCAUUGAUAACUGUUUGUUUUGUUACUUUAAAAAAAAGAAAAGAAAGAAAAAAGGACUAGCAUAAAUUUGACAAGAAUGUCCCUGAAUACGUUUUUUAAUAUAGGUCUGGGCUUGAUAACUUUCUUCUUUUGGAAUAAAUUUAAAACAUGUUUAAAAUAUGUCUCUGCUCAGGGAUUUAUGGUGGAUUAUUGCAGACAGUGCUAAAAAAAAAAAAAAAAAAGAGCACAAGACAAGUUUACUAAAUUAAAAUUUUAUUUUUUGAAAAACUGUUAUUUGUAUAAAUUAUCAGAUUUGUAGGCUUUCCUUUUUGUAGAAAUAAUUGUUUAUGUGCCAGAUAAGAGAAUUUCAAUUUUGUUUUCAAUAAUAAAGCAUUGAUAACUAA